AUGCAAGUUCCGAGCCCAGAACCUGACCUCAUCCUGCCUCUUCUGUUCAUCUGCCUCGUCCUAGUGGGUAUACUUUGCACUAGUUGCUUGAUCCUAGUCAUCGUCGUUAUCAGACUCACCAUUCACGCCCAGCGAAGUCUACCAGUCGAGACUAAAGAGAAGAAGGACGAUGCGAAGGAGAAGGUCAAGGAGGAGGUCAAAAAAACUAUAAAGAAGCUGGGUGGCCCCGUCCAAGACCUCCUUCAUUCAGCACAAGAUCAUCUCAAGCAUCCAAAGAACCCCUUCACACAACAAUCAAUCUCUCAAUACCUCCAUCCCUCAGCCGAAAUGUCUCAUAUUCAGAACAUGGUCGCUGUUGCGCAGAAUGACGGCAACACCAUCCUGUUUCAAGUCAACAAAAACUACGAGAUAAUCUUCUAUGAGAGUCGCACUCCCAGUGAAAGAAUUCCCAGGAAGAAGUAUGAUAUGAAUACCCUCAAGAUUAAGGGAAAGUCAAUCAAGGUCAACCCAAAGCUGCCUAUUAUCUCGGCUGUCGCAUUCACUCACCCAGAGUCUUGCGGCGGCAGAGCUCAGGUAAAAACCACGUGCGAGUUUAUUAUGUCGACAGACAACCUCUUCCUCCGCGAGAUCAUCCGUGUUGGCGACAAAGACGAAGAAUGGAACGACGGAAUGGAUUUCAAUGACAAGAACCACACUAUUUGUGAAGUGAGCGGUCUGGCCGCCAACGUUUUCCAGUCGACUGCCGACAAGAAGAGCUUUCAGAUCAAGGUUUACUAUCAGCGGGACAGCGCGGACGAGUUUGCGGAUGUUGCCUACAACGUUGUGGGUGUUACUGAUGAGUGGAGCACUCGACCCAACGUCACCGAAGCCUAA